UGGUUUCCACGAAAUGAGUUACCAAAGCACCAUGGAAGAAGACAGCUCCUCCGGAGUUCGCCUAAUCUGUUUUUCCUUAAUACUAGCCCUAAUUACGACGACGUCGGCAGCCUCUUACGACGAGUCGUCGUCGACGUGUUUGACGCUUUACGAACAAGGCGGUGCUCCCGCGGUUUUCCAAUCCCCAAAAUGCCCUCGCUGGAAGCGCGCCGAUUCCCUCCAGCGUUGCCAGACCGCCGUGCGUCGAGGUCGGAGAAACCGCCUCGAGGAUCGUGCUCUUUGCGCUCUCGACCUUCGUAUUCCAUUUCCUGGUGAAUUAGGGAUUAAGGAGGUUAAAGUUGGGAUUGUGGCUGUUUUUGAUGGGCAUAAUGGUGCUGAAGCCAGUGAUAUGGCCUCAAAGCUUUUAUUGGAGUAUUUCGUUUUGCAUACCUAUUUUCUUCUUGAUUCACCUUAUUAUUCUGAUGCAUCGAAUAAAUAUUCAAGAACAGAAAUAUUGCAAACUGGUGGAGAACUUUAUACUUCAAAUGGUGUAUUCCGAUCGUAUCAAUUGGAUGUUGCAAGGUUUAAUCCUUCUUUGAAAGCAAAGUUUGAUGAUUCGCGUCAUUUUGAUAUUUUGAAAGAAGCAUUGUUGAGAGCAGUUCAUGAUAUUGAUGCAAAAUUUUCUAUGGAAGCAUCUUGGAAAAAUCUUGUAUCUGGUACUACAGCCUCGAUUAUAUUACUUGCUGAUGGUCAUAUUUUAGUUGCCAAUAUUGGAGACUCAAAGGCUUUUCUGUGCUCAGAAAAAUUUCAAUCUCCUGCAGAGGCUAAAGCCGCUUAUUUGAGAUACAGGCGGGAAAGGCGUAAUGGUGCCAUAUCAUCUCCCUUAGGAAACUAUAAGAAAAACUUUGAAUUGGCUUCCUCCUCCUCUGGGUUGGUGCAGCUUUCUGUUAAGGAAUUGACGAGAGAUCAUCAUCCAGACAGAGAUGAUGAAAAAUUCCGCGUGGAAACUGCUGGUGGCUAUGUGGAAUUGGGUGGUGUGCCUCGAGUAAAUGGUCAGCUGGCUAUUUCCAGAUCUAUUGGCGAUAUUUCCUUCAAAAGUUUCGGCGUUAUAUCUACACCAGAGUUGACCGACUGGCAACCCCUGACUGUAAACGAUACCUAUCUGGUUGCUGCAUCUGAUGGAGUUUUUGAGAAGCAGAGUCUGCAGGAUGUUUGUGAUUUAUUGUGGGAAGCUCGGAGAUAUGAUUCUAGGAGAUCGGAGUUCUCUUCCUCGCCGUGUUCAUACUCAUUAGCCGACUGCAUCGUGAAUGCUGCACUCGACAAGGGCAGCAUGGAUAAUGUGGCAGCUGUUGUCGUUCCAAUGAUAUCUACUUGGUUUUUUGAAAGUUUUUUCAUGGAAAGAUCAGUUUCAGAGAGGGACAGAAACUGUGAAGCAUUAGGACUACAAAGUUCCACUGAUGAGUGCCCAGCUAAUGACUUCAAUUAUGAGUUAUGACCAAACAGCAAUGGAAGGUUACUGGUAAAGCCUUGAAUCGAAUCAUCAUUGCCAUUUUAAAAGUAAGCUUUUAUGCCAAAUGGUAUUGAACUGGGAUAGCCACAAGUAAAAGAGAGAGGCACAUCGGUAAUCAAUAGAUGCUGGAAUGUUGUAUCUAUUCCAGGUCCACUACAGACAGCUACACUAUACAUCACUAACAUAUACAUACAUAGAGAUUAAAAAUUAGAAGAUGAAAUAUUUCUAGCAUCACUAGAAAAGUUUGUGUACUGGAAUGUCAUAUCAUUUAUUUUCUUCUUUUACAGGUCAGAAUUUAGUUAUGCUUUUGGUAAUACAGUUCAUUAUUAAUUUCAAGAACGUUCCCCAUUUUUGCUUUA